AGCGGAUCCUUGUAAUGGCGACUGUGCCGUAGAUGUGCCUAGGUUUGUGAAAAUGAAGCGAAGAAGAAGUUAUUUCUUUUAAGUGAAACGCCGAGGUUCCCUGGAGGAGGACUUUGCGUCUACAACCAUCGUCUCUAUAAGUGGUAAACUUAGCUGUACUUUUGAACUUUAGUGCGCUUUUAAAAUGAUGAAGCUCAAGUCUAACCAAACCCGGACGUACGACGGUGAUGGCUACAAGAAGCGGGCCGCCUGUCUGUGCUUCAGGAGCGAGACGGAAGAAGAGGUGCUGCUGGUAAGCAGUAGUCGACAUCCUGACAAGUGGAUAGUUCCUGGAGGGGGAAUGGAACCUGAGGAGGAGCCCAAUGUUGCUGCUGCUCGAGAAGUGUGUGAAGAGGCCGGUGUAAAGGGGACUUUAGGGCGCUUAGUUGGAGUAUUUGAGAACCAGGAGAGGAAACACAGGACCUACGUCUACGUUCUUAUUGUAACAGAGCUGCUGGAGGACUGGGAGGACUCGGUCAAUAUUGGGAGGAAAAGGGAAUGGUUUAAAAUAGACGAUGCCAUACGAGUGUUGCAGUGUCACAAGCCUGUGCAGGCGACCUAUUUCGAGGCUCUCCAGGAGAGUUGCCUGACCAGUAAUGGAACGCCUUUGGUGACCACGAUAGGCGGGGACCUCUCCCCUACCUACAGCAUCAAUCAGAGCUCCGUCUCGGGUAUCAGAUAACUAAAACCAUAACUGUCACCUCUGGGAGCUUUCGCCACCACUUGCGCUCUUACUCGUGUCAUUUUUCUCUUCUAUUCCUCUCUCUCUUCUCUUCUGUCUCAAUAACAUGGUUUGCCUUGCCAACUCCUUUGUGCCAGCACUGUGGCACAGACUUGAUGACAAGUGUCGGGUGAAUAGUCUGAAACACUUUGUAAAUGUAAAUGUAAUUUUUGAACCCGUUUUUUUUUUCUCUCUCUUUUUACUGAAAACUGCAUGAAAUGUCCCCUGAUCCUCUUUCCUUGACGCGCCCUUAGCGUGGUGUUUAUUGAAUGCAAGAACUACUUUUUACUGUUGUAAUGUAAAAGUGUAUACGUAGUGCUUAAGCUGAAGGCUUUUGGUGGUCUUUUUAAAGUCUCCUCCAUCUUUUCGGUUCUGUUUCUUUUGAAUGAAUGUGCCCAUUAGUGUACUCCCUCCCCUGUGAAUGAGGAUAGGAAGUGUUGUCUGUAUCUGAAUGAGCAGAAUUGUUGGAAGUGACUUGUUUUGCAUGAGCACUGUUAUGUUGUGUCUCGCUCGCUCGAGAGACCCGAUGCUGACUGUAACGGACGUGUGGUAAGGUCUUUUUGGAUUAUCUUCAUUUUGCUCCUUAUCGUGGUUAUCGGUGUCUCUUAUUGGUAGGAUUCGGCCCCUUGCUAGUUUUUGAAUUUCAACUGUCAUGUGUGUUUCUCUCAUAUUGGGGAAGCUAGCCAAGCACUACAGGUUUCACUCUCCAACAGAGCAAAUACUGUAAAGAGAGAAAGAAUGUCAACAUACAAUGUCAAUGAACCACCUUCUCCUCAGUGUCUUUACCUCCUUUUAAUCCCUUUUUGUUUUUUCUUUUUUUAAACCUCUUUCUUGGGAAUGACUGAAGUCUUCCUCCACAUAGUAGGAGGUUUAAAAAAAUCAUGGACUUGUAAUUUCAAAAAUGCAGCACAUAUCACUUAAGUUAUUUAAACCCAUUUCCAUAUUUUCUCCUCACAUUCAGUUUGGUAAAAAGCAAUUGUUUACACUGUCCGUAACAGCACAGGCGACUCAUUAUGGUCAUGAUUUCCCCUUUUUCUUUCCCUACCCUUUUUAGUAUUUAAUCUGCAUCCCCAAAACACUCAAAACACCUGCUUGACAUCUAAAGUAAUGGAAUCUAUAAUGCUGAUGCAGAACAAACAAGCCUUGUACAGUUUGAGACCUCGUUUUUAACAUGUAAAAUGCUUUUGGAUACUAGUUUUUGUUUUUAUGUUUUUCUCUCUAACGUCUGGCAAAAGUCUCUUUAGCCGAGCUGCGUCACUCGAUGUGGCCCGAGGCAGCCGGCUCAAUACUGUGAAACUGGAGGCGCUGUAGAUAGCAUGUUAGAGGUUUUUAUUGUAAAUUGUUUAUUUCUGUAUAGAUCAAAGGUGAGAGUACAAAUGAGAAAACACCUCUUUCACAUCUGUGAGUCUGACAUUUCAAUAGAGGCAGGAAAACUGAGUGAACUCAUGGCUUUGGAGCUGGAAUUUGUGUAGCUCAGAGUACAUCUGAGGCUAAAAGACAAGUCAUGUGGUUGUUUGUAAAAAGGAAGAGCCAAUUUAUAAUUUAAUUCUCUCAAAAUCCUUGAAUAGUUUGGACUAAAACAGAUUUUUCACACUAAGGGAAAGCUGUUGUAUGGCCAAGCUGAAGUCUGAGUAUCCAAAUCACUUCAUAAAUUUGAAGUAAAAAACAGUUACUCUGUUAACGGUUAAACUAUCGCAGGUCAGUGUGUUAUCUCAUGCAGGGUUGACUGGGUCUUUCUCUAAACCUUUGACAUGAUGCUGUGGUUUUCUGCCCAUAUUUAAAUCAAUAUUAGAGCUUAUUUUGACAGCACAAGUCUGUAAACAUCCACACAUCCUUUUGUGGUAAACGUGUUGGUAGCAUAUAUGGAGACAUUUAACAAUUCAUUAGACUUUGUGUCUAUCUGAUAAUCCAAUUUUUACUCCUCUUUUAGCUCCAUUUCCCACCACUGUCAACCAGCGAUUACAUUGUCUGCAUUCAAAUACUGCAGCAGUGAUCAGGUUUUAUAAUGCAAUGACUCAUGGGAGCUGUUGCUUCAAGCAAAAUAAACUAAAUGGUUUAAAAAGAAGACAUAAUUUAUUGAUCCCAAGCGGGAACUAGAUGUCCUCUACACUAAGCAGAUUCAUAUUUUACAUUGAAUGUGGGCAGAAAACUCCAGUAUCAUGAUUUAGUUAAGACACAGAAAAUAAAUCCUCCAUGAGAAAUAUAGAGAAUUGAAAACUAGUGGAUCAAAAGCUAAGAAACAAGUGUCUCUUAGCAGGGAUGGUGGUGCUGGUGUCUUAUUCAUGGGCUUUUUCUCAGUUGUGGGGGGGGCACCCUGUAAGCUUCUUUUUGGACCCUGAAUGAAAACGCUUCCUGACUGACAGUAUAUUUGGGAAGAGUCUAAAGUGUCCUCACAGAUGUAGACUUUGAACUGGGUUUAUUGCUGUGCAUCGGAAGGUGUGUUGUCCAAAGUCUUGCUUUAUGAGGCCCUACCUGGCGCUGCAUCAGAGUUCCUGUUUUCAGUCUUCAUUGAAACGUGCAAACGGUUGUCAAGGGGAUACACCUGUGUAUGGCUGUUUUUAAAAAACAUCUAAUACCUUUCUCUGAUUGAUUGGCAAUGAUUGAAUUUGCUCUUGGUGAUUGGAUGCGGGUGACAGGUACUGUCAAAAUGAAUGUGAGGAGGAUGUCCACAGUAACAGCCAGUGACUCAACUAUUAAUGACCACUUGAUCCAUCAGUUUGUUUUUUAACCUGUUGUGCAAUUCACAAGCUAAUAUCUGUAUAUAGGUGACACAGUAGGAUCAGCCAGAGGAUGCACCCUGGCUCCGGUCAAUAAUGAUUAGGUUUUUUUUUUUACAAUUCCCCUUCUUUCUCAAAUUUCAAGCACUUCCUGUCAUAAUUAAUGUGAUUUGGGCCAGGGUUCAGGAGGACAUCUAUGAAGUACAUGUCUCCAUAUAAGCACGUCGGAGUUAAUGUGGUGUUUAAUACAUUACAAUGGAGAUUUCGAUCACAAUUGCCCCCUUUUGUGACAUUUAAGCCUCUAAACAUUUGGGAGGAAACAAGACGAUUAGUAAUUGAACAAUUUGAGCUUAAGUUAAGUCACCUCCUCUUAAUUUACCAAAGUUAACAGUUUGAAAAUGUAUUGCCCCAUCUUGUGGCCAGAGCUAGAAAUAUUAAAAGCACAUCACUGCAGCAGAUUGUUAUCAGUGUCCUUCAGCAUUAUGGUCAGAUGGCUGUUUUCGUUACUGUAUGAAUAAUCAGAAACGCUGUUUAAAGGGUUACCCUAAAUACUAUAAACUGAAAUACAAAGUAAACACGCGUGCACCUGACCUCAGCCUUGAAAUUACCUACUUGUAAUUUUGUUUGUCCUCUCCAAGGUAUACGUGUCACUGGAAUUUUUCUUUUCCUCUCUUUUGUCAUUUGGGACUGUGGAAUAAAACCAGUGCGAGAAGACUGAAGAUUGUAAUAUAAAUGUGCCAACAAAUAAACACCAGUAUUUCACAUUCA